AUGAGCAAUCAAAAUCAAUUGCCAGAGGUUGUCUGCAAGUUUCCUGCGCUCCGAUCUGAAGAAAACGAAAUAGGAUCGACGAACGAGGGGGAACAAGUCUCCAUUGAAUUGCCAACGACCGAAUUCCAGUCAUGGCUACACGACUUCAGUCGCGAGCAGAACAUUCCUGUGUCAAGCAUCUUCAUUGCCGUAUGGGGCCUAAUUUUGAAGACAUUCACGGGAAAUGGAGCCAUCUGCGCGGUAUCUAUGCUUGGCAAUGCACAGCCUGAUCUGGUGACCACUGUGGUAGAUGAGGAAGCCACUCUAAUAGAGUUGCUUCGGUCAGUCGCAGAUGGGACAAGAAGCAUCGAAGACCACACAGCGGAGCUGCCCUGCAAUACAGCCAUCUGCUUCACCAGUGAAACAGAGGAUAUUACCAGGAACCUAAAAGAAUUCGAAGUAUCCCUGCUAGUAGUGGAUGGAGCAACCGGGAUCGACAUGACUCUCAUGUAUCAAACAAAUCACCUCGCACCAUCACACGCAAACCACGUUGCACAAACCGCCGGUCAGUUGUUGAAGGAAUUCCAGCUUGACACCAGCCGAAAAAUCUCGCAAAUCAACCUCUUGCACCCCGAAACUGAGAAGCAGUUACAAACUUGGGGCAGUCACUCCCCGGCAGUGGUUGAUCAUUGUGUAGGCCAACUCUUUGAGAAGACAGUGCGGCAGAAUCCACUAAAUGAGGCAGUCUGUACAGCUGAGGAGCUUCUCACGUACCAGGAGCUGGAUCGCCUCAGUGGACGAUUGGCCGUUCACCUGCAGAGUCUGGGAGUAGGACCGGAGGCUGUAGUAAUUUUAUGCUUCCCCAAAUCUGCCUGGGCCGUCGUAGCCAUGAUGGCUGUCAUUCGCGCAGGGGGUGCCAUCUUGUUUCUGGAUCCAUCACACCCCACUGCCCGACACCGUGAAAUUGCGGAUCAAGUCACAACGCAAUGGAUGCUCACCGCACCGGGCCAUGCUGCCCAGAUGGAAUGGCUUGAGGGUGCGGUUCUGUCUAUUGAUCGUGCCUUUGUGGACUCUCUGGGGCCGAUUCCCCAGGGAAUGGUGCUAGCAUCAACCGCUAUAUCCUCAAACACGUUGUACAUCAUCUUCACCUCGGGCAGCACUGGCAAGCCUAAAGGAUGUGUAAUUGAACACCAACAGUUCUUGACUGGGUCUCGUGCACAGCAGAAAGCAUCUGGAAUGGAUUCCAAUGAUCGAGUGUUGCAACUGGCCUCGUUCACCUUUGAUGUCAGUAUCCUCGAAAUUCUCACCUCGCUCAUAUCGGGGGCCUGUGUCUGUAUCCCAGACGACCGACAGCGGUCGCAGGGACCAGCGUCUUGCAUUCAACAGUUUGGCAUUACCUGGGCCUUCCUCACGCCAUCUUUGGUGAAGUCCAUGCAUCCAGAGCAGGUACCGACACUAAAGUUCCUUGUGUUGGGAGGUGAAGCUGUCUUGGAAGAAAAUAUCCAGGUCUGGGCGCCGCACGUGCGACUGGCCAACGGAUAUGGACCAACAGAAUGCUCCAUCGCUGCAACGGCAAAUGUUGGAUUGUCCCUCAGCACUAAUCCCAUGAAUAUCGGAUACCCCUUGGGUGGCUGCUGUUGGAUUGUAAAGCCUGAUGACCACGAUAGUCUCGUUCCAAUUGGAGCUCCCGGAGAGCUGCUCAUCCAGGGUCCCAUUGUCGCGCGAGGAUACUUCAAUGAGCCUGAAAAGACCCAAGCUGUCUUCCUCGACUCGGCCAAGUGGGUUCGUGCCGAUCGUACACCCUCGUCGCGCAUCUACAAGACCGGUGACUUAGCUCGAUUCAACGCAAAUGGCACAAUCCACUUCAUGGGCCGAAAAGAUAGCCAGGUGAAGCUGCGUGGCCUACGAAUUGAGUUGGGUGAGAUUGAACACCGCAUCACCGCUCACCCACUGGUUAGCCAAGUAUCUGUCGUACUCGCGAAGGAUGGCCCCUGUCAGGCCAAACUCACCGCUGUGGUCUCCUUGAACGAGCUGCAAAACCCAGCAUCAAAUUUUGAGUUGCUCACCGGAGACAAAUACAACUCUGCCAGAGAACAGCUGGAAGCUGUCGCUAAGUCAGUCUCAGAGCAGCUGCCCAGUUAUAUGUUGCCGACCGUCUGGGCGCCAGUUUGGUCUAUCCCUUUGACCGUCUCUGGAAAGCAAAAUGGAGUGGCAGUUCGCCAAUGGGUGCAGGACAUGUCACUCGACACAUACAACGACCUAAUCGGAAAGGGUGGUCACCUUGAGCGGGUCAGCCCAUCAAAUGACCGAGAGCGUGAAGUUGAAGCGCUGUGCUGCGAAAUUCUGGGCUCCCUCCAGCCGGAGGAGGUGUGGCUGAAUAAGUCCUUUAUCCAGAACGGGGGUGACUCCAUCAAGGCGACACAGCUCCUCGACAGAUUACGUCGCCAGGGAGUUGCUGUUUCAUUCGAGGAUGUGAUGCAAAGCGCAACUUUGAUUGAACUGGUUCAGCGUAUUGAGAGCCAAGCUCCAAUUGAUCCUCCUCCCCAUCAGGUGGUCCGUACAUAUUCACCUUCCUUGGAUCAGGAAAGACUUUCGCGAGUUGGCGUCGACAUCAACUCGGUAGAGGAUGUGUAUCCGCUGUCCCCUGUGCAGCGAGGAAUCCUCCUGAGUCAACAACAGAACCCAGAAAGCUACCAGCUGCGUAUCACCUGCCAGGUAUUGUCCUCACCAGGAGGUAGGGUUGACCAAAAUCGCUUGCUGGAUGCUUGGCAACAAGUUACUGCCCGGCACCCUGCGCUGCGGACCAUUAUGAUCGAGACUGAGACCGAAGAUGGCUUGUUCGACCAGCUGGUCCUGCACGACAGCAAUGCGAGUGUUUUAGAAUGGACGCAGAAAAGCGAGAAGGCCUUUUGGCAAGCACAGGAGGAUUUCACUAGGACAGACACUGCGCUGCAACCGCCAGUGGUUUUCAUAGUCUCCGCCACAGAUGAUGGCAAGCACUUCGUCACGAUCGACAUCAGCCACGCCCUCGUUGAUGGAGUCUCCAUCUUGAUCUUGUUUCGAGACCUCUGUCUUGCAUAUGAUGGCAAUCUCACAAAAGGUCGUACAAUUAAAUACUCUUCGUAUAUCGACUAUAUCCAACAGCUGCCGGUGGAGUCUUCAUUGCAAUACUGGACGAAGCACUUGGAAGAUGCAAUCCCCUGCCACAUCCCCACUCUCAACGAUGACCUCUCUGUUGAGGGUCAGCCAGGCGAGCUGAAAAUGGACAUCCAAGGCAUAGAUGCGCUAUAUGAACUUUGUGCCGCGAUGAACUUCACGCCGGCCACUGUUUUCCAAGCUGCGUGGGCCCUGGUGCUCCAGGCCUAUACGGGGCAGGAUGAUGUCUGCUUUGGCUAUCUCACUGCAGGCCGCGAGAUGCCUGUGGCUGAGAUCAGUGAGGCAGUCGGUGUUUUUAUUAACAUGAUGGUCUAUCACGCGCAGCUCUCCCCCGAGACUACGAUCGCUUCGCUUGCGAAGGAAACCCAGCAGGGCUUUUUGGGAGGCCUUCCCCAUCAACAUUGUUCGGUCGCUGAAAUUCAACAUGCUUUGGGGCUUUCAAAGCCGCUAUUCAACACCAUCAUGUCGCUACAGAGCGCCUUAGGGGAGGAUAUAUUCGGCGGAGAGGCUGAUGGGAAUGUAGGUUUCAGGGUCGUGGGUGAAUUGGACCCAACAGAGUAUGAUGUCUCGGUCAAUAUAUUUGUCUCCAAAGAACGAGUUUCUCUGACUCUUCGACAUUACCGGGCGGCUCUCAGCGACGCCAUGGCUGAGAACGUCCUGGCGACCUUUUGCCGGGCCAUCCACGUCGUUGUUCAUAGACACACAUCCAUGCUACGCGAUUUGGACAUGAUGAGUGACCGCGAUCAAUCUCAUAUUGCACACUGGAAUAAUCACCAAUGGGCCGACCUUCAUGCCUGUGUUCAUGACUUGAUUUCCGACCAAGCACUCGCUCGCCCUCAGGCAGUCGCUAUCGACGCCUGGGAUGGCAGCUUUACUUAUCAAGAGCUCGAUUCCAUCACCAGUGCUCUUGCUCAAAUUUUGAUUGAAAAGGGUGUCAAACCAGAGUCUCUGGUGCCCAUUGGGUUUUCUAAAUCCCGUUGGACGGUCAUCGCCCAGUUGGCUACGUUGAAAGCGGGAGGAGCGUGCGUUGCCUUUGAUCCGGAGCACCCCCGAAGCCGACGGGAGCAAAUGGUUCAGCAAUGUGAUGCUACUAUUUCCAUCGUUGCAGAAGGCAACGAGUUGCUAUUUGAUGGACUGGUGCCGAUUGUGAUCGUUCUAGGGGCGAAUACCGUUGGUACCCUGCUCCAGGGCCAUGCCGCUUCCACCCUUCCUUCGGCCGCACCUGCAGUCUCGCCCUCCAAUCCUGCCUUUGUUGUUUUCACAUCUGGCAGUACUGGUAAGCCAAAGGGAAUUGUCCUAGAGCACCAUGCAAUCUGUAGCAGUGCGAAAGCCCACGGUCCCGCCAUGAAUUAUGGCCCGGAUGCCCGAGUCCUGCAGUUUGCCUCGUACACAUUCGAUGUCAGCAUCGGUGAGACCUUCACUUGUUUGAUGAGUGGUGGCACGCUUUGCAUUCCCAGCGAGGAUGAACGGAUGAAUGAUUUGGCCGGAGUCAUCAACAGGAUGAACGCCAAAGUUGUAUACCUCACACCCUCCGUGGUGAGUCUGCUACACCCAUCACAGGUCCCAGGAGUCCAUACCCUGGCGCUGGGAGGUGAAGCCGUGCGAGAGAAUAAUAUCACCACCUGGGCCGAGCACACCAACCUAGUGAACAUCUACGGCCCAGCUGAAUGUUCUGUGUGGUCGACAGGGUUGCAAGGGGUGCCAAAGUCCGCAUCUGCGCGUAAUAUCGGCUAUGGUCUUGGUGCCAGGAUGUGGAUCACCAAUGUUGAAGAUCCAAGUAGACUGUGUUCAGUCGGUGCUGUCGGCGAGCUUUUAAUCGAAGGACCAAUUGUUGCUCGAGGAUACCUGAAAGACGAUGCCAAAACACGCGCUGUGUUUAUUCCACCCCCUGAAUGGUGGUCAAAGUACCAACCCUCGGAAUGUGGCCAUGACUUCAAAAUCUAUCGCACUGGUGAUCUUGCCAGGUACAACUCUGACGGCUCCAUUCAUUCUAUUGGUCGUCGGGACCAUCAAGUGAAGCUACACGGGCAACGCGUGGAAAUGGGCGAGAUCGACCGGACAUUGCUGAUGCACGAGAAAGUUCAGAAUGCCCUAGCCAUAGUGCCCACCAACGGCAGACUGGCAGGUAAACUGGUAGCAGUGCUGAGCUGUAAUGACGAAGUUCAUGCUCUCAGUAAGGCUGGAAUCGAGUUGCGAGGGGAUUCCACGGUAGAUAUAUCACCUGUGCGAGACUGGCUCGUCACGAGACUGCCUACCUACAUGAUCCCCUCCACUUGGCUUGUUGUGCAGUCCAUCCCUGUCACCAAAAAUGGAAAGUCUGAUCGUCCAUCCGUGGUUGCCUGGGUGGAGAACUUGCAGCAGGUUGAUGACCACGUCACACCAAGUUGUACCUCCAAUGACCCUGAUAAUAGUCCGAUGAGCCAAAUGGAGACAGAUGUCAGGGAGGUGAUUAGCUCCGUACUUAAUAUUCCACUGCUGGAAACUUCUAUGAACCGCAGUUUCAUGGCUUUGGGGGGAGAUUCAAUUACUGCAAUGCAGACCUCCUCCCGAUCUCGAGCACGUGGCAUCCGGUGUGCAGUCAAGAGCAUUCUUAAGAGCAAAUCAAUCCGUCAGAUCGCCACCGAAGCGACCAUUCUCGCCAAUCCUGUUGGGUUAACGAAGAGUGACGGUCAGGCUUUCCGUCUCCUACCAAGUCUGCUACCAUCUGACCUCGAUGAAUGGGUCAAACGAUUGGGUUACACAGGACUGUCCGACAUUGAAGAUGCCUAUCCCUGCUGCCCAAUGCAGGAAGGUAUCCUGAUCAGUCAAGCGCAGACUCCUGAGACUUACAAAUUCUCGGCUGUCUGUGCUAUCCGGGGGGUAGACACAAAGCCAUUGGAGAUGAACAGGCUCCACAUGGCAUGGAGUCGUGUCGUCGCGAGCCAUCCUGUCUUGCGCACCUUCUUCGUUGAGGGACUAUCACAAGAAGCCAUGUACAGUCAAAUAGUACUCCGAGAACAUACCCCCCGAGUUGAGAGCGCCAAGAGCCUGGAUAGUCUGUUGCGUUAUCAUCAAGAACACCCCGUCGACUACAACGAGUCCGUCCCCCCGCACCGUAUGACUGUCUUUGAGGACGAAGACGCACUUUACUUCAACUUGGAGAUAAGCCAUACUUUGAUUGACGGUGCAUCAAUGCCCCUCUUGCUGGGGGAUAUCAGAGCGGCCUACGAUAGUGAGAUCCCCCCUGGGCCUCUCUUUAGUGAAUAUAUCGCCUUCUGGCAGCGACAGUCUCGGGAGACUACCACCACUUUUUGGACCAAAUACCUGGAUAAUAUGCAGCCGGCCAUGUUCCCAUCCCUGCUUGAUAACAUUGUUCCGGAAAAGGCGCUCCGCGUGGUCAACGUGCCAGUUAUGGACCGAAUGUUGUCUGACCUCAACACUUUCUGCAAAGACAAUGAGUUGACCAUUGCAAAUGUGUUCCAAGCCGCCUGGGCCCUGGUUUUGCGAGCCUACACCAGAAAUGUGGACGUGGUGUUUGGCUAUCUGUCAUCAGGGCGUGAUGCUGACGGCCUCGAUUUGGAUCACGCCGUGGGUCCUUUCAUCAAUAUGUUGCCCUGUCGGAUCAAAGUCGAUGACUCCUCCAGAUUGAUUGACGUGGUGAGAACAAUCAACAAUGACUUUUUAGACUCUCUGCCGCAUCAACACACCUCGUUGGCAGAAGUUCAACAUCAUUUGCGACUCUCUGGAGAGCGUCUGUUCAAUACCACCCUUUCACUGCAACGAUCCAUGGUGGAAUCCGAUGAAAGGAGCAGUAGCAUUGCUGUCGAGUAUCUGGGUGGUGCGGAUCCAACCGAGUAUGACUUGGGCGUGAGUAUCACGGUGGGAGACGCCGCCAUUGAUGUCGAUAUCAAUUACUGGACAAGUUUCAUGUCAGAUGAGAAGGCUAGCAUGUUGGCUUCAACAUUUAAGACAAUUCUCACUAGCCUGCUGGCCUCACCAAACAACGAAAUCCGAGACUUGGACUUGAUUGGUGACCAGCAACACCAAUACGUGAUGGCGCUCAAUGACAAUGGAAAGGUUCCAGAGACCGUCGAAGGCUGCAUCCACGAUGAAGUUCAUCGACAAGCUCUGGCCCAUCCAUCCGCACCCGCUGUCGAGUCUUGGGACGCUUCGUUCACGUAUGCGCAGUUGGAUCAAUUGUCCAACAAGUUAGCGACCAAGCUUGCCGCUAUCGGGGUUGGGCCUGAACAUGUGGUGGCCCUCUGCUUUGACAAAUCUGCAUGGGCUGUCGUGGCGAUGCUGGCAGUCCUCAAGGCCGGUGGUGCAUAUACCUCAAUGGGCCCGUCUCAUCCUAGGUCGCAUCUAGCACAAGUUAUCCUAGCUACCAAAAGUCUUGUCGUUCUGGCAGGAUCAAAAGCGUACGGAAGCUUGGUGGGAGACCUGGUGGAUCAUAUCAUCAUCGUUGAGCCUUCUCUGUUCCCGUCACUUCCUGAUCAUGAUUCAGGAAUCAUUCAGAAAGCCUCUCCAAAUAGUGCUGCGAUGAUCAACUUCACCUCGGGCAGUUCGGGGAAACCCAAGGGUAUUGUGGUCCGCCACAGCGGUGUCCGCUCAAUGAUAGCCCACAACGAGGACAUGGGCAUUGAUCGAUCCACUCGUGUUCUCCAAUUCUCCGCGUACACCUUUGAUACCAGCAACGGGGAGAUUUUCUUCACCCUGUGUGUUGGAGGAUGUGUUUGCGUUCCAUCGGAGGACGACCGGGUCACUGAUCUGGCUGGGGCAGUCACACGAUUAAGGGUCAGCUAUGCAUUCCUGACUCCCUCGCUGGUCAUUUCCCUCUCACCAGAGACGCUUCCCACAUUGAAGACAUUGGUCCUUAUUGGUGAAGCUGUUCCCACUGAUCUUCCACGCAAAUGGCAAGCCCACGUUCGUGUGCUCAACAGUUACGGCCCGGCUGAAUGCACAGUGAUGUCCUCUUUUGCAGUGUUGGAGGAUGGAGGGCCAGUGUCCAGUAUUGGACGAGGUCAUGGAUGCCUGUUCUGGGUCACUGAUCCCGACGACAGCCAUAGACUGGUCCCUGUCGGCUGCGCUGGGGAGCUGCUUAUCGAAGGGCCCAUUGUCACUCGCGGCUACCUGGAUCCGAAGCUGACCUCAAAGGCAUUCAUUCCUCCUCCGUCAUGGCGCGGAGACACGUCUAGUGGAUCGCGACUUUACAGAACAGGAGAUCUUGUUAGGAUUCUUCCUGAUGGAAACAUGCUGUUCCUAGGUAGAGCUGAUGGGCAGAUCAAACUGAACGGACAGCGUAUUUCCACAUGGGCAAUCGAGGAGGAUAUCAGUCGCCACUCGCUAGUCCAUCAGACGGCUCUUGUCGUACCUAGCCAGGGACCCUGCAAGAAGAAACUUGUUGCACUGGUAGCUUUUGAGAAUGAAUUUUCCACACAGGAUGUUGUUACCGAAGGGGUUGUACCUUUCAGUGGCGAUGCCAACAAGGAUCAAGCCAUCCACCAGAUCGCCUCCAUUCGGGAUCGUCUCGCAGAAGUUUUCCCCAGUUAUAUGAUGCCAUCCGUCUGGCUGCUGUGCUCUAGCCUUCCUUUGACCGCAUCACGAAAGCUGGACCGGCUUACGGUCAAGGGCUGGGCGGAGAGUAUGGAUCAUCAAACAUAUUUCAAUGCACUGGCAGAGAAGGAGGAAGAAAUUUAUCUCGCUGAGAAUGGUAUUCCCACAUCCAAUGCGGCGGAGCUUUUGCAGGGGAUUGUCGGUCGUGUUUUGAAUCUGCCGCUGAGCCAAGUGUCUCUUCAGCGAUCCUUCUUCAAUCUUGGCGGUGACUCGAUUACAGCCAUGCAACUGGUGGUGACGUGUCGUAAUGAGGGCCUAAAGCUGCUAUUCAAAGAUGUUAUGCGCAGUACUAGCAUUGGGGCCCUGGCUGACUGUGUGCAGAUGGUCGAUCACAUCAAUGUCUACCACCACAGAGACCAGUUGGACACGCCGUUUGACCUGACUCCCAUCCAGCAAUUCUAUUUCCAGAGCAUAUCCCAAGGAAGCCAUGAAGCAGCAGCAAAUCAAUUCAAUCAGAGUUUCCUUUUCCGCUUGACGUCAGACGUUCCCGUGGAGCAGUUGAGGGAUGCGGUUGAUAAGGUUGUCCAACGUCACUCGAUGUUACGAGCACGAUUCCGACAGUCACACAACUCACAAUGGAAGCAAAUAUUGAUCGGUCAUUCCCCUCUGGCGUAUCGAUUCAGGCAACACGCGGUGGAGGUAGAACAAGAGGCACUCGAUUUGGCACUGCAUGCGCAGGAAGAACUCGAUAUCCAGAACGGCCCUGUCUUCGGUGUGGAGCACUUUUCGAUUCCGGGUCAGAGUCCGCUAUUCUUCCUGGUAGCCCACCAUCUGGUCAUUGAUUUGGUGUCGUGGCGCAUCAUCUUCCAAGAACUCCAAGACUCGAUUGCUGGGGAGAUCUCCCAAGCACCCGCUCCUCCAUUCUCCUUCCAGCAAUGGCAGCAACUGCAGACGGAAUAUGCCGCUGAGAAUCUGCCGCCGAGCAAAGCUCUACCCUACACAAUCCCCAGGGCAGACUAUGUUUACUGGGGCAUGGAAGAUGUUCCCAACUUUACCGGCGACACCACCCAAAUCUCUGCCGUAUUAGGACCGCGGGAGAGUGAAGCUUUACUGACCGGUUGUCACGAUGCAAUGAGAACAGAGCCACUUGAUAUUCUCAUUUCAGCUCUCUUUGCCUCCUUUACGGAAACCUUCCAACGAGCUCCACCUGCCAUCUUCAAUGAAGGCCAUGGCCGUCAACCAUGGACCAGUGACAUCGACCUCUCCGACUCGGUGGGUUGGUUUACCGCUGUUUUCCCUUUCUUCCUAUCUGGGCUAGAACCAAAUACACCCAAUAGGGAGAUUGCUCGUGGUGUCAAGGAUCAGAGGCGCACUCUCCCUGCCAACGGAUGGUCCUACUUCACCUCAAGGUAUUUGAACGAGGACGGUGUGAAGGCCUUCAUCGACCACAUGCCCGUGGAAAUUGUCUUCAAUUAUCUCGGAUUAUAUCAGGGGUUGGAACGUGCAGAAGGCAUUUUCCAGCUGGUACCGUUCAACAAGGGCGAUGUGGGGUCUGCGGUGCGCCGUUACGCCCUGUUUGAGAUCAAUGUCUACGUGAUCAAUGGAUCUACCCAUAUCACAUUCACGUUUAAUCGUCAUAUGAAGCACGUGGACCGUAUACACAAGUGGCUCGAGAACUACACGGCAUCUUUGAAAGAUAUUUCCCAGAGUCUCGCUGCGACAGACUUCACUCUUACCAAGAGUGACUAUCCUCUACUCGACAUCUCAUAUCCAGAUUUGGAUAAGUUGCAGAACUCUAGGAUACCUCAGCUUGAACUGACAUUCGAUGAUAUCGAGGAUCUAUAUCCAUGCUCUCCGUUGCAAACAGGUAUCUUGCUCAGUCAACUGCGCCUUGAGGAUGCAUAUCUCUACCAUGCCAUCAUGCGGAUGGACUCUUGCGCCGGUGUUUCUCUAAAUGCGAAGCAACUAGCUUCAGCCUGGCAGCAAGUUGUCGAUCGUCACACAAUUCUACGUACUGUGUUCCUGAAAGGAAUCACACAGCGGCCAUUUGACCAAAUGGUUCUCCGCAGCCACCGUGCUGUAACUCCGAUCCUGACUGCGCAGUCAAACGGCGAGGCGCUAGACCUUCUCAAGCGUUAUGAGCCGCUGGUACCAUCAAUCACCGAACCGCCUCAUCGCUUGGUCGUGGUGCAAUGUGCAGAAGGCCCUGUCUAUUUCCGGCUUGACAUGAGUCAUGCUCUUUUGGAUGGAACUGCAAUGUCGGUACUUAUCAACGACCUCGCAUCGGCCUACAGCAAUCAGCUCUCCGCCUCACCGGCUAUUCCCUACAGUGAUUAUAUUGCAUACAUACAAUCUCAGCCAGCGGCAGAUGGUCUAGAGUUCUGGUCAGACCAUCUGGCGGAUGUCAAACCGUGCCAUUUCCCCUCUCUGCUAGUGUCCAGCGAAGUGGAACCGGAGAUGAGAACUAUCGAUGUCACGGUGCCUGACCACUGGGAGGUGCGUGCGUUCUGCCAGGAGAAUAAUAUCACGCUGGCCAAUGUGAUCCGCUUAGCAUGGUCCCUGGUCCUUGCCGCGUAUACCGGGGAAGAGCACGUCUGCUUUGGCUACCUCACAGCCGGCAGAGAGGUUCCCUUGCCAGGUGUGGAAAGCGCCGUCGGUCCUUUUAUCAACAUGCUCGUUUGUGCGACAGACCUUGGGCAAAUCAGCAAGAAGUCAGUCGCCACGGAGUUGCAAGACCUACACGAUGAAUAUCUCAAGAUGCUUCCGAAUCAACACGUCGGUUUGGCGGAGAUCCAGCACGCGCUAGGUGUGACAGGCCAGUCAUUGUUCAACACAGUUGUGAGCUUUCAGCGUCGUGAUGUUGGAAUGCUGGUGCUGGACGAUCUGCAGCUGACAUAUCUCGAUGGACUCGAUCCCACAGAGUACGAUAUCAGUGUCAAUGUCGCCGAUACCGACCACGGUUUCACGGUUGAUCUGGGGUAUCUGACUUCACGGCUUUCCCCGGAAUAUGCAACCCAUGUCGCAGUCGCUCUCUCCACUGCGCUUUCAUCCAUUGUUUCCGGUCCUUCAUCCACGGUAGGGUCGGUGGAAAUUUUCGGUGUCGCGGCCCAGAAACAAGUCUUGGAGUGGAAUUCCUCUAUGCCUCCGAUUGUGGAUGACUCUCUGCAUUCCCUCUUCCAGCGAAAUGCUAGUGAAUGUCCAGAUGCACCAGCCAUUGCUUCCUGGGAUGAACAUAUGACCUAUGCGCAGUUGGACAAGAAGUCAUCCCAGCUCGCUCAUCUCCUCGUCAACAUGGGCGUCGGCCCCGAGGACCUCGUUCCAAUUUGCUUUGACAAGUCAGCUUGGGCAAUAGUUUCCAUGCUUGCUGUGCUUAAAGCGGGGGCAGGCUUUGUGCCUUUGGACCCCUCCAGCCCAGCCAGCAGACUGGAACUAAUCAUACAACAGACAACUUCGACGUUGGUGUUGGCUUCCCAGGAAAAGCUGGCUUUGGUAGUCGAUCUGGUGCCCAAGGCGCUAGUGGUUUCCGCGCGUGCCAGCAUCUGGGAUGAUGAGAGCUCUGACGCAUUGAAUGGCCUGGUUUCACCCCUGAGUGUCGCAUAUGUCCUGUUCACCUCUGGCAGCACCGGAACUCCAAAGGGUGUUGUGAUGGAGCACGCGGCGGUAAGUACCAGUGUCAUCCACCAUGGGCAAGAAAUCGGAUGCAGCGCUGCCACGCGAAUGUUCCAGUUUGCAGCAUUCACCUUCGAUGCGUGCAUUCUGGAGAUUUUCACGACUCUGGCCUAUGGCGGGUGUAUCUGUCUCCCGUCUGAUGCCGAGCGAAUGAGUGAUAUUGCAGGCUCCAUGACCAGACUGAAUGCCAAUACCUCCUUCCUGACUCCCUCUGUUGUUCGCCUUCUCCGACCGGAGCAAGUGCCAACUUUGAAAACACUUAUUCUUGGAGGAGAGGCACUGCAUGAAGACAACAUCCAAGCCUGGGCAGAUAGUCUGCGUCUCAUGAACGGCUACGGGCCAACUGAAACCUGUGUCUUCUGUGUCAUGAAAACCUUCGCAGCCAAAAAUGACCGCUGCGACAUCCUCGGUCGUGCUGUGAGCUCUGUGGCUUGGAUCACUCGUCCAAACAAUCAUGAGCAGUUGGCUCCUGUUGGAGCCAUUGGCGAGCUUUUGGUGCAAGGAGGCACAUUGGCUCGAGGCUACCUCCACGACCAAGCAAAAACCGACCAAGUCUUCAUUGCGAAUCCGGCUUUCUGUCCGACGACGGAUAAUUCCAUUCAGCGAUUUUACAAGACUGGGGAUUUGGUCCGCUAUAACAUUGAUGGAACCAUCACAUACUUGGGCCGCAGAGACACGCAAAUUAAGCUCCGUGGUCAACGAAUUGAGCUCUCUGAGAUCGAACAUCAAAUCAACCGUCAUUUGGCGUCGAGCACCCAAAUUGCGGUCGAGGUUGUGGUCCCUCAUGGAGACCAAGAGCAAGCCGUUCUGGCUGUCUUCGUCUUCAAGCCAGUCAGGCUGGCAGGCAGCGAGCUCCUUGGAGAAGUCACCGCAGACACACGAGCCUGGGCAUUGGCUCUCAAGGCUCAGCUCGCUCGGGUUCUUCCGCCAUACAUGCAACCAUCUCUCUAUGUUCCUACCAACUGGAUGCCAACAACGUCCGCACAGAAGCUUGACCGGAAGUCACUUCGCGACGCGGUGGCCAAGCUCAGCGACGGUCAGUUGAAGGGUUAUUCUCUUCGCGAAGACGGUCGCCGGGUGCCUAAUACUGUUUCCGAGAAGAGAGUGCAGGAACUCUGGCAUCGUAUCCUGAAGAUUUCCAUGGACGAAAUCCGAUCAGAGGACAACUUCUUUCAGAUGGGCGGAGAUUCCAUUGCAGCCAUGAAAAUGGCCGCUACUUCAGAGGAGGACUUCCCCAUCACCGUCAUGGAUAUCUUCCAGUAUCCCGUGCUGUCUGAGUUGGCCGCCGUGAUGGCUGCCAAAGGGUUCGCUGACGGCCACGAUCGUCUCUUUUUGGAGCCAUUUGAACUACUGGGUAACGUUUCAGAGAUUUCUGGAAUCGUCGACGACAUUAGCCAUCAAUAUCCCAUCCCGACCGAGUCAAUCGAAGACAUCUACCCGUCUAGUCCUCUUCAGGAGGGUAUGAUGGCGCUUUCCAUGCUGAACCCCAAGUCGUACAUCCUGCGACGAGUUCUCCGCCUUGGUCCUACUCUGGACGUUGCUCGAUUCCAAUCUGCCUGGGAACUAGCUGCCCAGAAGAACCCCAUAUUGCGCACGCGCUUUGUGCCGACUCCAAAUUCCGGGUUUGUGCAGGUAGUGGUGAAAGGCAGUAUUGACUGGAGGAGGGCGGCGGAUCUGGAUCAGUACCUGGAGCAGGACCUGGCCGAAGGAAUGGUUUAUGGGGCUCCACCGGUGCGGUAUGGUCUCACAGAGGACGGUUACUUCAUCUGGACCGCACAUCACGCCGUGUACGAUGGCUGGUCGCUGCCGUUGAUCCUCAAUCAGGUCCAGUCCGCCUAUGAGCACGGCCAUUGCCCCGAUUCCACCCCAUUCAAUACCUUCAUCAAACAUCUGCAGACCACCAAUGCUCAAUCGACCCAAUCAUUCUGGACAGAGCAACUGUCCGGUCCCCGUCCGUCAACAUUCCCCGAGCUGCCUUCGCCGUCGUACCGACCUUCUGUUCGGGGCAAGGUGCAGCACGAAAUCCCCGUCCCACACCUUGUAGACUCCACCAUCCUCAAAACCACCAUAUUGCGAGCUGCCUGGGGCUUACUUCUUUCCCGGUAUGCAGAUAGUGACAAUAUCGUAUUCGGCAUGACCCUCUCUGGCCGCAACGGCCCAGUGUCUGGUAUUGAUGCCAUGAUCGGUCCCACCAUCACAACAGUGCCUGUGCGGAUGAAAAUCGCACCAGCACUCACCAUCAGUGAGUUCCUUGGCCAGAUCCAGCAACAGUCGACGGAUAUGAUCUCUCAUGAACAUUUCGGCUUGCAAAAUAUUGCUGGCAUCAGCUCGGACUGUGCCCGUGGAAUCGAAUUCCAGAAUCUAUUCGUCAUCCAACCAGUGUCAGACGCCACUGAGACUGGGGAUCUACUGCCUGGUGUAGAAGAGAUUGAGCUGCCCCUGGAGGACUUCGACAGCUAUCCCCUGGUAGUUGAAUGCUUCGUCGCCGACGACAAAAUCACCAUUGAGACCCGCCAUGAUGAAAAUGUUCUCUCGGCCUGGCAGGUGAAGACUAUUAUGCACCAUUUCGAACACAUCCUGGAACAAAUCACCCAAACGAAGAGUCAGGAAGCGCAGGUAGCCUCUGUCGAGCUCUUCGGUGCUCACGAUCUCCAGCAGAUCAUUCAGUGGAAUGAGCAGUAUCCGGAAACUGUCGAGUCAACUGUACCAGUAAUCUUCGCCGAGCAGGUCUCACGACAACCAGAGGCCUUGGCUGUUGAUGCUUGGGACGGCCGUCUGACAUACGGUGAACUUGACCACCUUUCGACGACCCUUGCUCGCCAUCUUGUCUCCUUAGGAGUUGUUCCAGAGGCUCUCGUGCCUCUGUGCUUUGACAAGUCGCGAUGGGCUGUUGUCGCACAGAUGGCUGUCAUGAAAGCCGGUGGUGCUUGCGUCAAUCUUGAUCCUGCCCACCCCCAAUCUCGUCUAGAAACUAUUGUUAAAGAUGCCCAGGCUACAGUCCUUCUCACAAACCCUCGCCAUGCUCAUGUCCUCGGAACUUCGGCCGUGUUGCAGAAGGCGAUCGUGACAGAGGACUUCAUUUCGAAUCUAAAGGGCCUGACGCACGAGUUGCCAACUAUCAGCCCUCGAAAUGCCGCGUAUGUGCUUUUCACUUCGGGAAGCACUGGUAAACCUAAGGGUAUCGUCAUUGAGCACGGCUCGCUCUGCUCAAGCUCCAAAGCCCAUGGAACACGCUGGGGGAUUGGCCCCGGGACUCGACUGCUGCAAUUCGCUGCGUAUACAUUUGAUGUGAGCUGUGCAGAUAUCUUCACCACAUUGCAAAGGGGUGGCUGUAUCUGUGUACCGUCGGAGGAGCAACGUCUCAAUGAUCUGUCUGGGGCAAUCAACAGCUUUCAGUGCAACUGGGGCUUUUUGACUCCCACCAUUGCUGCUUUACUCCCGGCAGAUAAUCUCCCGUCACUGAAAACUCUGGUUCUCGGUGGUGAGGCUUCCACACGCGAUACCAUUGCCAAGUGGCACAAGGUGCUCGAUCUCAUUGUCUGCUACGGUCCCGCAGAAUGCUCGGUAUACUGCUCUGGUGCUCCUCCAGCCAUCGCGAGCAGUGACCCUGCAAACCUGGGUGCAGCCAUUGGAUCCCUCUAUUGGAUCGCUCAUCCGCAGGAUUCCAACCGCCUGACACCCCUGGGCUGUGUUGGAGAACUACUUCUGCAAGGCCCAACGGUCGCCCGAGGCUAUCUUCAUGAUGCCGAAAAGACGGCUCAGGCAUUCGUCUCGAACCCUGUUUGGGCACCCCUUCCAGGUUCUCGAUUCUAUCGCACGGGUGAUCUGGUCCGCUACAAUGAAGAUGGCACGAUCCGCUUUGUGGGUCGUAAAGACACACAAGUCAAGGUCCGUGGCCAGCGCGUGGAACUCGGUGAAAUCGAGCAUGCGAUUCGUCUUGCAAUGCCCACUCUCGCCCACGCGACCGUAGAUGCGGUGCAAGAUCCUAGUCGUCCCCGGCAGAUUGUGGUGGCUUUCUUGCAUUAUAGCAAUCGCAGUGGCCCUGUCGAGGUCAAGGACAUGUCUGUCAAACUCCAAGCAGACUUUGUCACCCUGCAACAGACCCUCGGUCAAUAUCUCCCAUCGUACAUGAUCCCAUCCAUGUUCAUCCCCCUCUCCCGCGUGCCUUUGACGAUGAAUGGCAAGGCCGAUCGCCGACAAUUACGCGAACUGGCGACAUCCCUCUCCCAAGAGGAUAGCCUAGCCUUUUCGCUAGCCAAUAUGGUGAAGCAGGAGCCGACCACGCCGGUGGAAGUGCAGCUCCGUGCAUUAUGGGCCAAGGUCUUGCAGGUUGAAGAGCACACCCUGGGCAAGAAUGAUCAUUUCCUCCGGUCUGGUGGAGAUUCCAUCCUCGCGAUGAAGCUCACGAGUCAUGCGCGAUCUGCAGGCUUCAACUUGACUGUCCAGGAUAUCUUCCAAACUCCAGUUCUCGAGGAGAUGGCGGCUCUCGUUUCCCAAAAGUCACUGCAAGUGCUGGCGCCACAGUCCACUGUACCUUAUACUCCUUUCUCUCUCGUCGGUGACAUUUCCCUCUCCAAUUUGCUUCCCAGUAUGGCGCUCUCCGCCAGUACACACCCGGACAACAUUGCGGACGUUCUCCCCGCGUCGGAUUUCCAAGCCUCCGCAAUUGCGCACUCAAUGAUGAAAACCCAUGGCUUGGUGAAUUACCUCUUCCUCGAUGGCGAAGGCGAGGUUCCAUGGGACCUACCAUUUAUUCAGGAAGCAUGGACCCUCUUCCUCAAAACUCACCAAAUCCUCCGGACUGUAUUUGUCGCCCACGGAGACCGCUUCUACCAGGUGGUACUCAAAGACAUUGUGGAACCUAUCGGGUGGUAUCAGGUGGAAGAGGAUAUCGAACCGUUCUCCCUCCUUUUAUGCAAAGAAGAUGUCGACAAGGACCUGGCCCUGGGGAGUCCAUUGACCCAUUUGACUGUUGUCAGUAACCAAAAGCACCAUCGACUCAUUCUCCGAGUUUCUCAUGCCCAAUAUGAUGGUGUCUGUCUACCGCGCAUCUGGCGGAGUUUCCAAGAAGUCCUCUCCAGUCGCACACCUGCGCCGGAGGUUCCAUUCUCCCACUUCAUCGCCAAUAUCCAUCCUGAUAGCCAUGACUCCCAAACAUACUGGCGGGAUGUAUUGUCAAAUUCUACCAUGACCACUAUUGUUGCGCAAUCCAAACCGCAAUAUCGGAAUGUGUACGACCUGCACCUGACCCGGACAAUCCCCCUUACCUCCCAGUCCGGCUCUGGAAUUACUUUCGCAACCAUUUUGAAGACUGCCUGGGCUCUCGUCCUUUCUUCGUUGUCCGACAGCACCGACGUUGUAUUUGGCCAUGUCGUUUCAGGUCGGAAUAUCCCUCAACUCGAUAUCGAGCAGGUGAUUGGUCCUUGUCUCAACAUUCUCCCUACCCGUGUCAUGAUCGACCCGAGUGCGACAGUGAAUGAUCUCCUGAAGGCUGUGCAGGCUCAGCAUACCGCUCACAUGGCUCACGAGUCGCUGGGCACGCGCGAGAUUGUUCGAAGGUGUAGCCCGUGGCAACCUUCUACUCGCAUGAGCAGUAUCGUGCAGCAUCAAAACAUUGACCAAGAUGCGACGGUGACGCUCAACAAUCAGAAUUAUUUGGUUGCUGAUUUCUGUCCCGCAGCGGAUGAGGCGGACGUUGCCAUUAAGACGACCCCCCUUGACAACAACCAGAUUGAGGUCCUUCUCAUCACCUCAUCGCGCUCGGUUGGGGAAUCCAUGGCAGCGGCGCUUUUGGAUCAUCUUUGCAACACCAUUCAGGCUAUCUGUGACUACACAGAUGCGCAAGUUGGGGUCUCGCAAUUGCUCCAUUCUGAGGCCGUCCUUCCCUUGCCGAGUCCAGGGGUCUCCAAUGGGGUGCAUGAAGACUCUGCUGUCGGUCGCAUCGACGCAAUUCCAUCAUUGGAUGCAGAAAGGCUUUCUUCUAUUUAUGCUAGCUGGCGGGAGGUUCUGGGUCAACCUGAAUUACCGUUGGACUUGGAAUCCGACUUCUUCGCCAUCGGUGGUGAUCUGGUCUCGAUCGCGUUGUUGACCGCCUUCUGGCAGCGCCAGGGAUACCAAGUUGCUGUCGAGGAUCUCUGGGAUCAUUCGCAAGUCCGUGGAAUGCUGGAUAUCUUGAUUCAGGCACGUCUCUGA